AUGACGCGGGGUAACCAGCGCGACAACGACCGGGCCAAGGCCCAGAAGAAGGCUGCUGCUUCGAAGGGGAAGAACACCCAGUCUGGCAGCCAGUACCAGAAGUCCAAGGAAGACGCUGCUGCCAUUAUGCGCGAAAAGCAGAGGAAGGCGGACGAGAAGAGGGCUGCAGAGGCAGCAGGAGGAGGGAAAAAGUAA